AUGUCCGGCUUCAAUAUUUACUCUGAUCGACUAACCCUCCGACAUCCCUCUCUCGGUCAGAAUCAAGGUCAAGGCCAAGCAUCUUCCUCCCGCCACCCAUCAUCCUCUUACUCUCCUGGUCUCUGCAAUGAACCCAUAAUGGUAGACAGCGAUGAUGAGGACGACGACAGACCUGUAGCGCAGUCUAGUGGGAGCAGACCGUUGAAUGGACACUCAGGAGGGCAAAGAUUGGGCGGUACAGUGAAAGAAGAAGGAAUGGCAAACAUGGAAGCAAGAGAGGCUAUACAAGUAGCUCUAUCAAAGCUUGAUAAAGAAAUCAAAGACGUCGAAGCUCAAAUUCGACCACUCCAAGAACUACACACUUCUCUUACCUCCGAACGUAGGAGUCUUGAAACCCAACUGAGGACGAUGAAUAAUCUGCCUCGACAUACCAACACCGAUUCCACCUUGGCAAAAGUUGGAAAUGCUUCAAAUUCGGGAUUGAUAGAUUAUCAAUCAUCAAAAUUCGAAUUUUCCACUCAAGUUUCGCAAACUCUUAAACGUGUUUUCCACUUGGGUGAUUUUAGGUUAUGUCAAGAAGGUGUGAUCAACGCGGCGGUAGAUAAGAGGGAUAUAGUCUGUGUGAUGCCUACGGGAGGAGGAAAGAGUUUGACAUAUCAGUUACCGGCUGUAAUGGGUAGAGGAUUGACUAUCGUCAUUAGUCCGUUAUUGGCUUUGAUAUGGGAUCAAGUUAGGGCUUUGAAAGAGAUUGGUGUGGAAUGUGUGAUGAUGACCGGAGCUACAUCUACUCCGGAGCAGAAUGAGAUUUACGAAAGGAUGAAAGCUGGUCCGUCAGGGGGUAGGAAGGAGAUAAGGCUUUGUUACGUUACGCCGGAGAAAGUAUCAAAGUCGAAAAGGCUAAUAUCAACUCUGGAAAAGGUGAACGAAAGAGGAGGAUUAAACGAGGCUCAUUGCUGUAGUCAACUUGGGCAUGACUUCCGACCCGACUAUAAGAAACUUUCAAUGCUCAAGACCUUAUUCCCCAGAAUACCGAUCCAGGCAGUAACGGCAACAUUGAGUUCGAAAACCCUCCCUGAUCUGCUGAAGAUCCUUCGUCUUGGUCCGAUAACGGAUGGUAGAGCUGCGAAAUCGACUGGCACAGUAUUUUUCUCUGCUCCUCUUUUCCGACCAUAUUUGCAUUAUAAGGUUUUGUCAAAACCAUCAAAUGCGAAAUCAGCUAUUGCCGCAAUGGGCGAAUGGAUUCAGAAGAAUCAUUCUGGACAGAGUGGUAUCAUCUAUUGUCUGAGUAAGAAGGACGCCGAGACAGUCGCUGAAGAACUUCGAGAAUGGUCAGGAGGCGAAAUCAAGACCGGUAUAUAUCAUGCCGGAGUGGAAGAUUAUGAGAAGGAGAGGAUACAUGUCAGAUGGAGGGAGGGGAAAGUCAACUGCAUCUGCGCCACAAUCGCUUUUGGUUUGGGUAUAGAUAAAGGGGAUGUGAGAUAUAUGUCAAAAUCCCUCGAAGGGUAUUAUCAAGAGACCGGUCGAGCGGGACGUGAUGGUCAAGAUAGUGAUUGUGUAUUAUUUUACCGAGGUCAGGACGCUGCAAGAUUAUCCUCCUUGAUAUAUGGUGAUGUAGAUGGAUCUAGCAAAUUGCAAGAGAUGUUAAGAUUUGCUCAGGAUCUGAAGACUUGCAGGAAGGUCGCUUUUGCCAAAUACUUCUCUGCUUCCGCGCAUUUGUCCGCCUCAGCAUGGGACGCCCCCGAUGCACUUUCAUCUUCAUCAGGAUCUACAUCAACAUGUGGGAUUUGCGAUAAUUGUCUUCGUGAUCCAUCUUCGAUUAUCACCAAAGACGUCACCGUGGAAACUUGGAAAAUCCUCAAAGUAGCUCAGUACGUGCAAAACGAAGGUGGACGAGUGACACUUGCGAACUUAUCGGACUUGGUCAGGGGUCUAGGAGGUGGAUUGUUCGGUGUAGUCGGCGGAGGAGAAGGGAAGAAGGGGAAGAGAAAGUUGAAUGGGGAGAAAGAAAAGGUCGAUUUGGAGGAUUUGGGUGGGAAGAUCACGCUUGGGAAGGACGAUACCGAAGCUCUGUUAAUACAUUUGGUCUUAUUGGGCUAUCUGGCUGAUUCGUAUCAUGCGACUGCAUACUCUGUAAAUGUCUACAUCGUACCAUCCGAUAUGGCCGUCCGAUUGACUAGAUUGAGAUUGGAGGACGUACAAGCUGGUCGAUCAGUCAAGAUAGAAUGUACGUUCCCUGCAUCCGAACCUAAGAAGAGCAAGUCGAAGAACGCGAAGAAAUCUGAUGAGCACGAUGGCCAGGAGGAUGGACAAGAAUAUGAGGAAGAGAAACAAGAAGUGAAAGGGAAAGCUAAGAAGAAAGCCAAGACUGAGUCCAAAGCGAAAUCUAGCGAAAAAGGGAAAAGUAAGAAGAAAGUCGAUGAAAAGGGAAAUGAGGAUGGAAUGGAAAGAGAAUGGUUUGAUAUUGAUUUCGACGAUAUCGAUGGGAAGAAAACCAAAUCGAAUGGAAAGGCUACUGGAGGAGGAAGAGGGAAGGGAAAGAAAGAGGAACUGGAAGAAUUGGAGGAGCGGGAUGAUGGUGAGAUUUUAUCGGAAGACGACGAAGAGGUAUAUGAUGAUUAUCAUAGCUGGGGUGGGAUGUUGGAGGAAGAUGAGAAUGGAUGGCAGGUACCUGUUUCAACUGUCAAGGGUAAUAAGAACAGUAGGAUUGUCAGUGUAUCAGAUAGUGAUUGA